GCGGGAGGAUCAUGGGUGUGGAGAAGAUCGAGUUGGGAGAGAACGAGAUCUCGCAGGAGGACAAAGCGGCCUGCCUGCUGCGGGAAGAGCUGCGGCUCGUGGCCAAGACGGAACUCAGGGAGGAUGACGCAAUCCGGACGCACGCCCUCAGACAGAUGCGAGACUGGAUCUCCAAACACCCAGACAUCGAGUACUGCCGCACUGACGCCCCAUUCCUGCUGCGAUUCUUGAGGACGAAGAAGUUCUGCAUGCCGCUGGCCCAAGAGAUGCUGGAGCGGUACCUGACGAUCCGACAGAUCUACCCGCACUGGUUCAGCCGAUUCGACGUCCUUGACCCCACUCUGUCCGCCAUUCUCGAUAGCGGGUACCUAAUUCCUCUUCCAGAACGGGACGAAUAUGGAAGGUGCGUUCUUUUGGCAUGCAUCGGGAAGUUUGACCCUCACAAAUACACUUCAGCAGACAUGGCACGAGUACACAGCAUGGUUGUAGAAUUACUCAUGGACGAUCCAGAAAACCAAGUCAGAGGGUAUACAUAUGUGAAUGACGACUCAGGUUUAUCAAUGUCUCACGUUACCUUAUGGAGCCUCAAUGAUCUUAGAAGCAUUAUCCGGUGUAUACAGAAUUCCACGCCCAUGAGGCAUAAGGCUACUCAUUUCUUCAAUGUACCAAAUUUUGCAAACAAAGUAUUCGAUUUUGUCGUAAGUCUCAUGAACGAAAAACUAAAGAACCGGGUUACGUUCCACUCGAACGUAGACGAUAUGAAGCGAGUGAUUGACCCGAAGAUCCUUCCCCGGGAGUACGGUGGAGAAAUUCCCACUGCAGAUUUGAUCUCGCGAUUGAAGAAGCAACUGUUGGAGAAGCGAGAGGAGCUACUGGCGCUGGACAAGAUGAAGAUCAACGUUAGGAAUAAGAAGAUGGAGUUCGAGGUGAACGAUAUGGCCGGCUCCUUCCGCAAGCUUGAGGUCGACUGAUCGUCCCUCCGCGCAUGCUCAGCGCUCAUUGGCCCAAACCGCUCACCCCCGCCGCCGCUCCUCCGGGUUGACGAGGAGUUACCUCAGUGAUCUUACGCGGUCAACAAGGAAAUAGUGAUAAAGACGUCUACAUUAAAUAUCUCGUUACCCGUGUACAUAAUACUGUAAACAUGAUAGUUUCUCAACUGUUUUUUAUAUUAUUUAAUUUUUCUAUUUUUUUAAGCUGUUUUCUUAGAUUUACUUUUAAGAGCGAAUAGACAUACUGUAAUUAUAAUUGAGGUAGGUACUUUUUUAAAAAAUGACUCUUAAUUCCUCGCAAAUUUUGAAUAUAAGUAAACUGCAAUCCGAUCACCACACCGUGGUGAAAAUUCCCUAACAAUCUUGACUUAUUUAACUUUGCAAAAUAUAAAAUUCUCCAAUGAACAAAUCGAAAAUUGCUUGAAAGAGAGUUCCACGGUAUGUACCGCUUGUGGGAAGCCGAUUUAUAGCGUCGAGCAAGUACUUUAACGUAAAAAUUAAAAAGGGAAAAUGGAUUUUUUGUAAAAUUUUGUUGAUAUACGUAACUUCUUUUAAUUUUUAAUUUUUUUCUCUAUUCCAUGAUAGAGGAUCAACUCCUAUAAAACGCUCUUUUAGAAGCAAUUCGUAAUCAUAUAAAGUAAAACAAAAUUAAUAACUCUUAUGAUAGUUUCCUCAGAAAGUCAAAUCGAGUAUACGCUAAAAACAACCCGCUCGAUUCAAAUAUUUUCAAGCCUAAAAAAAUAGGCUGUCGAAACCAAGUCUUCCAGUCUUUCCAACAAGUCAACCAGUUAGUGUACUUAUUCGUGCAAGGUCACUAGCUAUGGUCAAUUUUCAUCGAUCUAAUUUAAAUUACAUAGUUGCAGCUUCGCUCAUUUUAUUCUUCAAAUGUGUAAAAGGCAAAAUUUAAAAAUUAAGACAGUAAGGCACAAUAUUUGUGAUUAAUUAACUUUUGAUUAAGCCUUAAGAUUGUACUUUUCUGUGCUUCUGCGUGUCUGUUGUAUUUCCGUAAAAUGUGGAGUUAAGUUCGACUUCUCCAUUUGCUUUUCUCAGAAUAAAGGAACCUCAUCCUCUA